CCCCAUUGAAUUUUCCUAAAAUUCUUUUGUGAGAAUAAUUUUGUAAACAUUGGUUGAUGAAGGUGAAAAAAGCAAGAAGACGAGACAAUCACCUGAGCUGAAGUCAAUUUAGUAUCAUCGGAGUGAGAGAAACUCCACUUGAGCAAUCUUUCCAAUUAGGAUUUUCUUGACUCAUUUAUUCUGCGAUUGAUCUCUUUAACAAACCCUUGACCUAAUCAGUGCAUUAAUGGAGAACGAGAACAUUACGGUGACUCAGAGAGAGCAAUGGAUGGUGGAAUAUCAAGUCUUUUCCAUUUUCAACCAUUUCAUGGAGCUCCCCAAGAGAGCUCAAGCUGUCAUGAUGGAAAUUGCGAAUGAUUCGCAUGCCCAAUAUCUGACCAAUGGCCUCAAACGCCUUCCUCCUUCUUUCUGUGUUCUUGAUGCCAAUCGACCAUGGCUUUGCUAUUGGAUUCUUCAUUCACUUGCACUCUUGGGUGAAUCUAUUGAUGACAACUUGGAAAACGAUGUUGUUGAUUUUCUCAAUCAAUGUCAGGACCCACUUGGUGGAUACGGUGGUGGACCAAGACAGAUGCCUCAUUUGGCAACCACAUACGCUGCUGUCAAUUCACUUGUCACGUUGGGUGGACACAAAGCAUUGUCAUCUAUACAUAGAGGUAGACUGUAUGCAUUCUUGCAGCGAAUGAAGGACCCUAGUGGGUCGUUCAGGAUGCAUGAAAAAGGAGAAAUUGAUGUUAGGGCAUGUUAUACCGCAAUUUCUGUCGCAAGUAUUUUGAAUAUCUUGGAUCAUGAAUUGAUGGAAAAUGUAGGGGAUUUCAUUCUAAGUUGUCAGACAUAUGAAGGUGGCAUUGCUGGUGAGCCUGGUUCUGAAGCGCAUGGUGGGUAUACCUUUUGUGGAUUGGCCACAAUGAUUCUUAUUAAUGAGGUUCAUCGAUUGGACUUGCCUGUGCUAAUUAAUUGGGUUGUAUUUCGCCAAGGAGUUGAGGGUGGAUUUCAGGGAAGGACAAACAAAUUGGUAGAUGGUUGUUAUUCAUUUUGGCAGGGAGGUGUUUUUCCACUGAUGCAAAGGCUGCGGUUUAUAAUUGAGGAUCAGUUAGGAAUGGAGGGUUCUAGUAAAACAGACAGGAGUGGUUUUGAACAGAAAGGCCUACAGGGUGCUCUUAAUAUUGCAAACUCCUGUGACAGUGGCCUUGAUUUUGUUAAAAGUUCUGUCAGUAUUGGACCUCUCUUUCAAAACUUUGCUUUGCAGAAGUACAUAAUUCUUUGUUCUCAGGACAUUGAGGGAGGAUUCAGAGAUAAACCUGGAAAGAGUAGAGAUUUCUAUCACACAUGUUAUUGUUUAAGCGGCCUUUCAGUGUGCCAGCACGCGAGUUUGAAAGAUGCUGAUUCUUUACCUGCAAUGCAAGACGUGCUUGGUCCGUAUUCGAAUCUCCUGGAGGCAAUACAUCCUCUUUAUAAUGUCAUCCUUGAGCGCUACUAUGAUGCGCGUGAAUUCUUUUUGCACUCAUAGUGCAGAUGCUACUGCAAGUCACAAGUCACGACUCACAAGAAGUUGUAGAUAUCAUUACAUGAGCAUUGAGCAGUGGCGCCUUUGUUUUGAAGUCCUUUGCUUUGUAUGGAUGAGGUUGUCUCCAAAGUGAGAGACUGAGAGUAACCUAUGUAAUGAUAUAAAAUGAUCUUUUUAUUGGUAGUAAUUUUUUUAUCCUAAUAUAUUACCCCAGAUAUGAGAUUUUCAUUGUUGGAGACUGAAGCCCGUUAGCAGGUUGCAUAAAUUAGUAUUAGAUGGCUAUCUAACCCAUCUCUCAGUGAGAUCGUCUCGUACAACAUUUUGUGUUACUGAUUGGUGGUUAGCUUGUUCUUUAAGUUCAAUAAUUAUUAAGUAUUAACAUUUCCCAUCACUAAA